CGUAUAUCAGCCACGGUAACGUCAUUCUCUACUCGACGCAGAGAACAGAGUUAAGCAUGCCGCUAUUCAAAGCGCGUGCCGCCCCCAGGUCGCCGACAUCCGAGAAGAAGUCUGUAAAUGGAGUAACUCAUUACAAUAGCAACCAUAAUCAACAAAAUGGCACCGAGAACGAUCAGGAGGGGUCUGAGGGGACACGUGACCAGCAACAAAACGGUGGUCAGGAGCAAAGACGAUCUUCCAGGGUCUCCAGGCCACCUCUGGUGUUCCAUUGUCAGCUGGCACAUGGAAGUUCUACAGGAUUGAUAUCUGGAUUCAGCAACGUGCGGGAACUUUAUCAAAAAAUAGCGGAAUGCUACGAUCUACCAAUGGAAGAAAUACUGUUCUGCACUCUGAAUACUCAUAAGCUUGAGAUGAACGAGUUGUUAGGCAGUCAGAUCGGAGUUGGUGACUUCAUCUUUGCUCACAAAAAAGGAAGGCCAAAGGAGAUAGAGCUAGUGAAAACAGACGACGCUUUGGGACUGACGAUCACAGACAACGGAGCAGGCUACGCCUUCAUAAAACGCAUAAAAGAGGGUUCGGUGAUCAAUAGGAUCAAGGUGAUCGAAGUUGGCGAUCAUCUCGAAAAGAUCAAUUCGACCAGCCUGAUUGGUAAACGACACUUCGAGGUAGCGAAUUUGCUGAAGGAUAUUCCAAAAGGUGCUACGUUCACUCUGAGGCUGGUAGAGCCUCUGAAGAACGGUUUUGCCAGCAUUGGUCCACGAUGGGACAUGAAGAAGGGGAAGAAAUCAGGUUAUGGCACAGGAAAGGAGACUCUCAGGUUCAAAGCAGACGGCAGUGCGCAAAUUGUAGAGAAGAUGGACGAUGUUACCACCGUAGGCAUAAACAAAAUCAACGUGAUCAUGGAGAGCUUCAUGGGUAUCUACGACACGGAAUUAGCGACACAAAUAUGGGAAUUGUCGGAGGACAAGUGGAACAGUAUGGAGUUCGCAGAGGCGAUGGAUAACUCCGAGUUAGAAGAUUUCGGAUUUACCAAUGACUUUGUUAUGGAAUUAUGGGACGCUAUUACCGAUGCUAGAGCCGGAAAACGUCGAUAAUAUCAAGUAGAUUAUGCUAAU